AUGAGCCAGAACGUUAUGGUAACCUCCAAACCACCAGCACCAGCCGGCCUGGAACUGAUGGACCAUGGUCGAAGAUUGGAUCCAGGGCAGGAUCAACAGCCAGCAUCCCUUAAGGAAUUUUUGAAAGUAUUUAAUGGUAAUUUAGAAGUUUUGGAUUCCAAUAUCAGAGAUUUUAGUAAUGAAUCAGGGUCUAAGUUUUCAGAAGUAUUAAAAAAAGAAUUUCAUCUUUUAGAAGUUGUUAAUGCUCAAUACAAAGAACUUUAUAAGGUUAUCAGGCAAGAUAACAAAGAUGUUUCUAGUUUGAAUGGAAAGUUGGUUUUGUUUUUGAAUAAUUUUCCUUCAGAGUCUUUGAACCUGUUUUUAGAUAAAAAUUCAUCCUCUUUAUUUUCUUUGAAUGAUAUCAAUGAAAAUCUUUUAGAAUUCAAGAAUACUUUGAAUGAGUUUCGUGAAAAUUGUGAGAGACCACAAGUAGUUGAGCAUGAUUUAGUUCUGACUACAUUAUUAAGCAAUCUUCAUGACAAGUUGUACAACAAACUUGAAAAUAAGUUUCAUCAUACUAACCAACCUAAUGAUGAAAUUAACAAAUUAAUCCAAGAUCAGACACUUGCGGCGGAAAAUGAGAAAAUCCAGAGGAGUAAUUUUCAAGACUUUCUUGCAAGAAGUCUACAGGAAAUUAAAGAAAAUCAAGCAAAGUUUGAAAAUUCUACUAAUAAUAAAUUAGGUAGAAUUGAAAAGAUGUUGCUGAAAAUGACAGAUAGCAAUAAGCAAGGCAUAGAGCAAGUGCAGGGACAAGUACAAAACAGUACUUUACCUACAAAUAGAGUUGGCUCAAUAGUGAGAAAUUUUGAAGGUAUCAGUCAAACUCCCAUGCAAGGUGGUUCCACAAGAAAUGCAAGAUAA